UGUCAGGUAAACAUCUGGUUCUUUUAUAAAUUAUUCUUUUAGUGGAUUUUCUUAAUUUUUUAUUUAGUUAUAUUUUUUACUUAAAUUAAUAGUAUCGCCAGGUUAUAAAUACAAAAUGACACAGGACGAUAAGGACGAUGACAUUCUUUUCCAUCAGAGACCACAAGUACGGGACAGAACGCCGCCAUUAUUGUUCAAUAAGACAGUUUUCGAAGAAAGCGAUCUUGACAAAAUAGUGAGCGAGCUCCAAGAGACAGAGUCUUUCACGAAGUUGUACAUUGAAAAACUGGGCAAAUGCGACAUCCCUUUCUGCCUUUAUCCCAACGCCCAAUGCGUACGGCCGAGCAGUGGUGUCAUUUUUAAACCAAAACUGACGGAACAUAUUGCCGCGUAUUUAAUGACUGCCUGCGAGACGCAUGCUUUCGAAAUGUUAGAUAAAAUCAUUGAGGGUACGAAGGAACAGAAAUUUCCAUGUCGUUUGUUCUUAUAUGACCUCGUGAAGCUUGCCGUACGCCUGAAAUUAAAGCCAAAUCAGCUUAUGUACCUAAUGGAGAUUUUUAUGGACGGUAUGAAAAUGUUCUUUACCUGUCGAAACACGACACAACACGAAAUGGAACAGUAUUACGAAGAAAGGAUAAUCAAUCAUUCAGUGAAUAUAGCUGGAAAGGGUACAAAGUACUUCUCGACCGGCCAAGUGGAAGAAAUCACAAAGCUUUUUGGCAGGUUUAUAAGGUUGAUGCCCCUCAUUCAUAUUUACUUUUACAAACCGAUAGUUCUCAAAUGGACAUUGCCGUUGUACCAGCCUUCCGACAACAAGGACUGCAUAAGCGACACCCACUUGCGAUUUAUUCCAAGCCCGGAAAACAACGAAAACAUGUUAAUGGACAACAUGCCCAAGCUGUUUCCAUUUCAGCAAAAGUUAUCAAAUUGUCAAGAAUAUCUCGAGGAGUAGUGUAAAAAUGAAUAUAAAUUAUAAACCUUUAGCAAGUAAA